AUGGCCAAGAUCGCCACCGACUUCGAGAAGAUCAUCAAUGCCGGCCGAGAGCGCAAGCACAACGAGGCACUGGCGGCCAAGAUCUUCGGCACCAAGGACAACCGCCGCUCCAGCGCCCCCGGCAAGCCCUCCCUCGGCAGCUCCCUAGCCAGCAGAGUCGGAGUCACCAAGCGAGGAUCCUCCGCCGCCCGCAUACCACCCGGCGACAUCAACCGCGAGUGGACCCACGACCUGCACAACUCGAGGUCGACACCGAACCUGCGCGCCCAAAGCCAGAGGCAGCAGCAGCAGCCCAAGCCCAACUCGCUGGCGGCGCGCAUCCAUGCGCCCGGUCAGAAGCCCGCCGUCAAGCAGGCCCCCGCCGGCGCCGGCAAUGGCCGCGGCAACAAUCGCGCCGCCAAGCUGGCCAGCGCCGUGUCGCGCGCCUCGACCGCCCAGAUGAACAUCGCGCAGGCUCCGCCCGCGCGAGGCCUCACCAUCCGCGGCCUGGCCGGACCCUUCGCCGUCAUAGCCCAGAACUUUGCCCCGGGCACCACGGCGGCCGAUAUCGAGAGCGCCGUGACGCCCAUCGGCGGCAUCGUCAGCAGCUGCCGCCUGAUCAAGACGCACCCCCUCGUUAUUGCCGAGGUCGUGUUUGAGAGCAAGGAGGGCGCCGACAGGGUCAUUGAGACAUUCAACAACCAGACCGCCGACGGGCGCCUCCUCCACGUAUACCACAAACCCGGCGGCUACAGCCCGCCCACGGGACCUCGGGCCCAGCGCCUCCAGGAGACGCGGCCAGGCGGCAACACGGUCAUCGUCGACGGCUCCAACGGUUUCGGCGAGCCCAUGGAGACGGCCGACGCGGGCUUCGGCGGCGGCGGCAGCGGCCUGUACAGCGACUCCCUGGUUGCCGGCGGCAACAACCGCAGGGGCCGGGGCUUCCAGAGCCGCGGUGGCGGCGGUCGCAACGCCGCCCGGUAG